CACAUCUCGAGCGUUGCCGUCCUCUUCGUCCCCUCUCCCCUUUCCGCGGCUACUUUCUCUUUGUCUACCACGGCCCCAGCCUGCCCCGACGCUCAACAACUCCAACGUAUACAUGACGAUCCUGCCCGCCGCCGACGUCUUUCGCAUAUCCUAGGCCCUCGGGCUGUUCUUCCCUCCUAGCCAGCUUCCUGUUAUCGCCAAAUCUCACGGGAAGCCAUGGCCGAACAACAGUCGACGUCGAGGCGGACGAAGCCCGCCAGCGAUGAUGCCGUCGGAAACUUCGUGAUAGACGGUGAGAUAGGAAAGGGGAGCUUCGCCCAGGUUUACUCUGGUCGCCACAAGGUUACCGGUGCCAUGGUCGCCAUCAAGUCCGUCGAUCUUUCGCGCCUGACCAAGAAGCUAAAAGAGAAUCUCUACAGCGAGAUUAAGAUUCUCAAGAGGCUCCGGCAUCCUCAUAUCGUCGCCCUUCACGACUGCGUGGAAUCCGCUACGCACAUCAACCUUGUCAUGGAGUACUGCGAGAUGGGCGACCUGUCCGUGUUCAUCAAGAGGAGGGACAGGCUGAUACAGAACCCGGUCACGCACGAGCUCGCCCGCAAAUACCCCGUGGCCCCUGGUUCUGGCCUGAACGAAGUCGUCACCCGCCACUUCUUGAAGCAGCUCGCCAGUGCCGUCCGAUUCCUGCGGGAAGCGAACCUCAUCCACCGCGAUAUCAAACCUCAAAACCUUCUCCUGCUGCCUUCGCCGCGGCAUCGCGAGACUAAGAUGGUGAAGCACAUUCUGAGUGCGAGCCACGACUCCCUCACGCCAGCCGCCGGGUUGGCCUCGCUCCCCAUGCUUAAGCUGGCUGACUUUGGCUUCGCCCGGGUGCUCCCCUCGACGUCGCUCGCCGAGACUCUCUGCGGCUCGCCGUUGUAUAUGGCGCCCGAGAUCCUCCGGUACGAGAAGUACGACGCGAAGGCCGACCUCUGGUCGGUGGGGACUGUCCUCUACGAGAUGACGACAGGAAAGCCCCCGUUCCGGGCCGGCAAUCACGUGGAGCUUCUCAGGAAAAUCGAGGCGUCGGAUGACGUGAUCAAGUUUCCUCGGGACUGCAUCGUCAGCUCCGAGAUGAAAGGCCUUAUCCGCGCAUUAUUGAAGCGGAACUCCGUGGAGCGUUUACCCUUUGAGGAUUUCUUCGACCACCCCGUUGUUGCCGGCCCCAUCCCUGGCCUCGUUGAGGAUGACAUCCCGAAGCCGGCGAGUCCCAAACCACCAGACACCCGGAGUGCAGGCAAGCCGGACGAGCUUCAGGCGCUGUCCCGAAGGCAGUCUCAAAGACGGCCCCCCACAGAGCAGGAGCCUGGGCGGGAACAGGCGGUCCCGCAGUCGCCGAAGCCACGCCGCUCGUCACCCCUGGCGACGCCUAUUGAGCCGAAGCCGAAUCCGCUGGAACAAGUAUCCGCCGCGCGCUUGAGCCGCUCGCCGCGACAGGAAGCAGAAGAAGGUCUUGGGAUACGACGCCCCACGGGCCAGCCGUCCACCUCGGCGCCUGUUCGGCCCAUUUCUUACGUUGACCGGAACCGGCGGUACUCGAAUGCCUCGGUAAAACCGCCUUCCCGCGAAGCUCAGCCCGCAUCGGGACCCGGACAAGAAGUUGUUGCCACUCGCACUAGGACGCAGAGCACGACGAGCAGGCCUCUUGCGGACGACGAGAAGUCCGCCCAAGACCUGGCGUUCGAGCGCGACUACAUCGUCAUCGAUAAGAUGCACGUUGAGGUCAACGCGCUGGCGGACCAAAUCUCGCUCUACCCGCAGCAAGCACAGCCGCCCAAGUCGGGGCAGAUCGUCAGGCGCGCCACGCAGCAGGGGGCUCCGACCUCGCCAACAGGUGCCGUAUCGAGUCCGUCGUCAAGAAAUCUCCAGCAGGGGCGGAACGAUCACUACCGGCAGCCGUCGUAUGACAAGGCUUUGUCCAGCAGCCCUAGCUCUAAAGCGUCGGUGAUUUCGAAGGCUAUCCAGGACGCCAGUCUUCGUUUCUUUGGUUUCAAGUACGCACCGCCACUGCUCGGCAAGGGGCAGUCGCCGCCGCAGAUCUACAGCCCGUUCCCGGCCUACCCGACGCCAUCCGUACCGGCCGGUCUGGUCACGGACGGGAAACAGGGUACGCCGGUGGACGAAGACGCGCGGGUCGCGCAGUGCAUCGAGGAGUACGCGACGCGGAGCGAUGUGGUGUACGGCUUCGCCGAGGUGAAGUACAAGCAGCUCGUUCCGCUGGCCCCGUCGAGCGAACACGGUCUCGGCGGCGUCCCGGCCGACAGGAUGGGAGAGGACGACGAGGGGCUCACCGUGGAGGCGGUGGUCUCCCUGUCGGAAGAGGCCUUGGUUCUCUACGUCAAGGCGCUCUCCCUUCUCGCCAAGUCGAUGGACAUUGCCAGCCUCUGGUGGACGCGGAAGAACCGGACGGAGUCGAGCGGCAGCGUUCACUCGGCGACGAGGGACUCGGUCAACACGCAGGCCUUAGCGCUGAAGAUCAAUGCGGCCGUGCAGUGGAUCCGGUCGCGCUUCAACGAGGUCCUGGAGAAGGCCGAGAUUGUCCGGCUAAAGCUGAUCGAAGCGCAGAAGCAGCUGCCCGAAGAGCACCCGAGCCAUCCGGCCAACCACCCGGAGACGAAGGCGGUCAGCGGUUCCGGGGCCGAGGGAGUCUUCCUCUCGGCGGGGCUUAGCGCCGAGAAGCUGAUGUACGACCGAGCCGUGGAGAUGAGUCGCACGGCCGCUAUCAACGAGAUCGCGAGCGAAGAUCUCCCCGGCUGUGAGAUAUCGUAUAUCACCGCCGUCCGCAUGCUCGAGGCCGUGCUCGACAGCGAUGAUGACCACCUGCCGAAGCGCCGCGUGUCGACGUCGUCGUCUAAGGACGAAAGGCCCGGCGCUGCUGCUGAGGAAACCCCCGGCGAGAUGAGCAGCGACGAUAAGCAGACAGUGCAAAAGUUGAUUCAGAUGAUCAACGGCAGGCUUGCCAGUCUCCGGAAGAGGAUGCAAGUGAUUGCUGCGGCGUCUAAGGCUCAGCAGCAACAACAACAACAACAGCAACAGCAACAACAGCAACAGAUGGUUGCUCGACGGCGCAGCGGCGACGUCACGCCGCGCAGUGUGCCGGCUUGAGGUCGGCGUGUACAGACAGGUUUGAUGAAGACGGGUAACGAGAGAGAGUGACGAAACGCAUCGGAGUUCGCAUUAUCAUUACCACUACUACUACCCGUGGGAGACUACUACUACUGCUAUUUACUAGGGAAGGAGCUCACGUCCCGGUGCUGA